UCUAAAAUCGCCAAUGGCGCACGGGUCUGGAAAAGUUCUCUCCUUCAUCAUAUUAAUGGAAUAAUAAUGUGAUUGAUUGCUCAUCUCCCCGGGGAAAUGAGCUUUUCUGCUUCCUGAGAGUGCACAGAAUCUGAGAAUUUGCAGGUGGUGAUUCUUGCUCAAGAGCCCAUCAGCAGGGUGAACAGUACCCGGCUACAUCAGAGAGGGAUUUCAACCCGGGUUGUCCCGUUUGGAGGACGGUGUUCCUCACGCCACAGCCGCUGCUCUAUAGCUGUGAGCUUCCUCAGUUGGGAGCAAAGAGGCGGAGGAGGAAGAGGAGGAAGGGUGGGGAAUCCGGCGCUUCAGGACGGCUGAGUCCUGUUGCGAUGCAUGGAGGCUGCUUGGAAAUGCUCCCCGGGUCUCCGGAGCGCAUGAGGCGGUUCCAGCAGAGCAACGGGCCGCAGCACACAGGGGAUCCGGCCGCUUAUCUCUGCCAGGGCGCCACACCAUAGGUUCGGCUACAGGAGGGAGCACGUCUUGGCUCGGUAUCCACGAAGGAGCGGAGGCAUAUUCGCCGACAGCGCCGUGAUCUUUGAGCCUAAAGGCUGCAUCGCUUCACACCCCUGCGUCGCAGCGGUUGCUGGAUAACUGUGUAAAGCUGUCGGGUGGCAUCUAUGCAAUUUUUUCUCGACUUUUCAUUGUAUUAUGAACACAGAGGAGGGAGAGGCGGGUGCAGCUUGCGGGGAGGCGAGGGGAUGCACCGGCAUCACCCACCGCCACACCUGGGAUGAAGGCGAGCCGCUGGGCUGCCAAGGACGUCGGCACCCCGAGGAUGAGGACGAGGCAGCAGUGCAGGGAGAGGACGGAGAGGGCUGCCUGGAGGGCCGUGGCUGCAGGGAAGCAGGUGAGGGGAGCAACGGGGGGACUUUUUCCAGUGAGGAAGGGGCGGUCGGGGGAACAUCGUGCAAGGAGCAGGCGAUGCAUUCAAACUGCAGCAGCGAAACCUGCAUCCCCACUCCCAGCUGCCGGAUCUGCUUCCAAGGCGCAGAGCAGGGCGACCUGUUGAACCCGUGUCGGUGCGAUGGUUCGGUGCGUUACACCCACCAGCACUGCCUGCUAAAGUGGAUCAGUGAGCGCGGCUGCUGGACCUGCGAGCUCUGCUGCUAUCGCUUCCACGUCAUCGCCAUCAACCUGAAGACGCCUCGGCAGUGGCAGUCCAUCACCAUCACCCUGGUGGAGAAGGUGCAGAUCAUCGCCGUGUUCCUGGGCUCUCUCUUCCUGGUGUCCAGCAUCUCCUGGCUGCUGUGGUCCACGCUGAGCCCGCAGGCCAUCUGGCAGCGCCGCGACCUCCUCUUCCAGAUCUGCUACGGCAUGUACGGCUUCAUGGACCUGGUCUGCUUAGGUUUGAUUGUCCACGAGGGGGCGGCGGUGUACAACGUCUUCAUGCGCUGGCGAGCCGUCAACCUCCACUGGGAUCUUAAGAGCUACGAUAAAGCAAAAGACAUGGAGGAGACGAGCAAUGGCCAUUCCUCAUUGGUCCCCAGGACGCUUUGGUUGCCUCUGGCCACCUUUGGGCCCAAUGGCCACUUACACUCCACCCAGCUGGGGCCGCAGCCAUGGACCUGCCUCUGUUUGGCCCCUUUCUGCCCCGGCCUGGUGCCCCGAAACAACCUCAGCCAGGACAGUGACUCAGGAGAGGUCGUCAUUCGUGUGACAUCGGUGUAACACCAGGCGGUAUUUAUGCAGGAACAAAGCAUCUGAUGGUUUUCACUUGGUGGUAACAAUGGGCUUCUCUGGGCAGUUUAUAAUAUUACGCAAUCUGUUGACUUUUUUUUUUUGCAGUUUUUCCAAAUGUUUUCCGAAUUCAUUGUUUGUCUGCUCUGGGGCGGGUCCUCAAAACAAUCUCAACAGUUAAAUGAACUCAUGUGGGGUGUCGUUGCCUUUGUGUUUAAUUCUUAGAAGAAAAAACAACAGUCAACAGUCACCUCUACCCUUUCUUUUUUCAAACCCUUGUGCAGUAUUCAAGUAUCGUGGGAUAGAAGGUAGUGAUGAGAAAGAUGAUUUAGAUUUACAACUUGUGACCAUUUACAUCCUCACACAUUCAUGAUGGUAAGGUUAAUAGAUACUGUACAUGGUCAACAUAGCACUAUAUACCAUACAUUUGGCUUUUUUCCCCAUUGAGCGAUGGGCUUUGGCUGAUUUGAGGCAUCCAUGCUUGUUUGCUUUUUGAGACACUUCUGCAUUGUUUGGCAACAGGUGGAAUAUGUGGAAGCUUUCCCAGUGGUAAUUAUGACUGGGAUAUUGAUGUGAACAAGUAUUUACAGAAGUUGCCACAUGACAUAAACGCAGUAAAAUAAUGAAUUAAACUUAAACUUACUUGGGUUUAAAUGGAGGUCCUGGUAAUUGGUACCAAAUUGUCAGAAUAUUACAGGUCUGUAAUAGUGUUACUGAUAUAGCAUCAUGACUGAAUGCCAUGCUAGUAGCCCAGUGAGGCUGUAAAUACAUUACACAUCAGAUAACAAUUGCUGGACCGCUGUACAAUUUUAAGAUGCUUAUCACUAGUGGUGCAUUUUUUUUUUUUUUAAUCGAUCCAACCUGGACGUUGUGUUCAGACUCAAUGCAAACUGAAUUUAACUAGUGGUACUAUUGCACAAUAACUCAAUUUAACUAGCUCCAGGCAGCGCAAAUUAAAUAGAGUUGUCCACUUGAGUUGAAAACAUUUCAAUGUCAGGUGACAAUUUAAACUUAGCCCAAAGCUACAGGAGUCCACCAUGAGAAAACUGGAGCAGACUGAACUCACACACACACACACACACACACACACACACACACACACACACACACA